AUGGGGGUGCUCACUCCCAUGACCCUCCCCCACCAAAACCCACAUGUAUUCGUUGAAGGAUCAACCCAAUGGCCUGAAAAAAUUAAUGUUUGGGCAGGAAUACUUGGCAACACUACUGUCGGACCUGUAUUUAUAGAAGGAAACUUAAAUGGAGAAUCGUACUUAAAUUUAUUAGAAAAUACUAUUGACCCUCUUAUUGUGGAAACACUUGAAAACCAGCGUCACACGAUUUCUUUGAAAUGGCUAGAUGCACACUACCUAGAUCACUGGAUAGGUAGAAGGGGAUCAAUUGAGUGGCCGGCAAGGUCUCCAGACUUAACACGCUUAGACUUUUUUUGUGGGGUCACUUGAAAUCAGUAGUUUUUCAAACACAUCCCAC